AUGCUUAAAUGCUGUUUUUGUAGCCCAAGAUCAAAUAAAAUUAGCCCUGCCAUCAACUACAGCAGUGCAGGAAACAAUGAAUCAGAAAAAUCGAAAAAUACCUAAGUCAAACCAGAAGAAGUGAGCUAAAAUGGAAAAACACUAGCUAAUGAAACUCACCUCACCUCUUAUUAAUACAAUAACAAAUACAACUUCUAUGUUCAAUAAUCAAUGCCAAUAGAAAUAAUUAAUAGGUAGAAUUAAAUCAUUAACGACAUUUCGAAUAAAAUAUUUGAGCAAACUACAUAUUUGACAGAAAAUGCGGAUUUUGAUUAUGUUAGGUCGAAAUCAUCAAACAGAAAAAAAUAGCCCGAAGCUUAUAAAUAAUAAAAGAAUAAAUCAAAUGGAAUAAAUCUGAAAGAAAAGAGGAUUAAAAAGAGUGAUAAAGAAAAAGAGGACUCUCUUGAUUAAAGAGAAAUUGAAGAUUUAAUUGAAGAUUUGUUAUAGGAUAAUGAUAAAAGUGUAUCAGAAAAGCUAAAGAAUCUACCAUCGACUAAAUCCAGCAAAAAAGGGAUGAUUUCUUAAUUAAAAUUGAAAGAGGAAAAUGCUGGUUUUUAAAGCAUUAAUUCUAGAAUGAGGUCUAAUAGUAAAUUCAAUGAUUUGGAGAUUAAUCCCCAAAGAGAAUUUACUCCUAGAUUUUGCGGUGAGAGUGGCUAGACUAUUAUUCAAGAUGAAAAUCUUAGAGUAAGUUAAACGCCGACCUUGAAGAUGAAUGCAAAGACCUUUUAUGAUCCCAGAGCCUACAUAGCAAGCAAACAAAAUAAAGACAUCUCUGAGUAGUCACAUGAGAGUAAUUUAACUAAUUUAGCAGUAGGAAGUGUAUAGCAGGAUAGUAGGAGAAGUAAAAUUCAUUAAAAUUAUUACUAUGCAAAGAGUUGA